UUUCAGGAAUUUGCUGCACUGACAAAAGAAUUAAAUGCAUGUAGGGAACAACUUCUAGAAAAGGAAGAAGAAAUUUCUGAACUUAAAGCUGAAAGAAAUAACACAAGACUGUUACUGGAGCAUUUGGAGUGCCUUGUGUCACGACACGAAAGGUCACUAAGAAUGACGGUGGUAAAACGGCAAGCCCAGUCCCCCUCGGGAGUUUCCAGUGAAGUGGAGGUUCUCAAGGCACUGAAAUCUUUGUUUGAGCACCACAAGGCCUUGGAUGAAAAGGUAAGGGAGCGACUGAGGGUUUCUUUAGAAAGAGUCUCUGCACUGGAAGAAGAACUAGCUGCUGCUAAUCAGGAGAUCGUUGCCUUGCGUGAACAAAAUGUUCAUAUACAAAGGAAAAUGGCAUCAAGUGAGGGAUCCACGGAAUCAGAACAUCUUGAAGGGAUGGAACCUGGCCAGAAAGUUCAUGAAAAGCGUUUGUCCAAUGGUUCUAUAGAUUCAACUGAUGAAACUAGUCAAAUAGUCGAACUGCAAGAAUUGCUUGAAAAGCAAAACUAUGAAAUGGUCCAAAUGAAAGAACGUUUAGCAGCACUUUCUUCCCGAGUGGGAGAGGUGGAACAAGAAGCAGAGACAGCAAGAAAGGAUCUCAUUAAAACGGAAGAAAUGAAUACUAAAUAUCAAAGGGACAUCAGGGAGGCCAUGGCACAGAAGGAAGAUAUGGAAGAAAGGAUCACAACCCUCGAGAAGCGUUACCUCAGUGCUCAGAGAGAAUCUACCUCCAUACAUGAUAUGAAUGAUAAACUAGAAAAUGAGUUAGCAAAUAAAGAGGCCAUCCUCCGGCAGAUGGAAGAGAAGAACAGACAGUUACAGGAACGACUUGAGCUUGCGGAGCAGAAGUUGCAGCAGACUAUGAGAAAAGCUGAGACCUUACCUGAAGUAGAGGCUGAGCUGGCUCAGAGAAUUGCAGCCCUGACAAAGGCUGAAGAGAGACAUGGAAAUAUUGAAGAACGUAUGAGACAUCUGGAAGGUCAACUUGAAGAGAAAAAUCAAGAACUUCAAAGAGCUAGGCAAAGAGAGAAAAUGAAUGAGGAGCACAACAAAAGGUUAUCCGACACCGUGGACAGACUUCUGACUGAGUCCAAUGAACGCUUACAGCUACACUUAAAGGAGAGAAUGGCUGCUCUAGAGGAGAAGAAUGUUUUAAUUCAAGAAUCAGAAACUUUCAGAAAGAAUCUAGAAGAAUCUCUACAUGAUAAGGAAAGAUUAGCAGAAGAAAUUGAAAAGCUGAGAUCUGAACUUGACCAAUUGAAAAUCAGAACUGGCUCUUUAAUUGAACCCACAAUAUCAAGGACUCACCUGGACCCCUCAGCUGAGUUGCGCUAUUCCGUUGGAUCCCUCGUGGACAGCCAGUCUGACUACAGAACCACUAAAGUAAUAAGAAGGCCACGGAGAGGCCGCAUGGGCGUGAGAAGAGAUGAGCCAAAGGUGAAAUCUCUCGGAGAUCAUGAGUGGAAUAGAACUCAGCAAAUCGGAGUGCUAAGCAGCCAUCCUUUUGAAAGUGACACAGAAAUAUCUGAUAUUGACGAUGACGACAGAGAAACGAUUUUUAGCUCCAUGGAUCUUCUCUCUCCAAGUGGUCAUUCUGAUGCCCAGACUCUAGCUAUGAUGCUUCAGGAACAAUUGGAUGCUAUCAACAAAGAAAUCAGGCUAAUUCAGGAAGAAAAAGAAUCUACAGAGUUACGUGCUGAAGAAAUUGAGAAUAGAGUAGCGAGUGUGAGCCUGGAAGGCCUGAAUUUAGCGCGAGUCCACCCAGGGACCUCCAUCACUGCCUCCGUUACAGCUUCUUCACUGGCCAGCUCAUCGCCCCCCAGUGGACAUUCAACGCCAAAGCUCACACCGCGAAGUCCUGCCAGGGAAAUGGAUCGGAUGGGAGUCAUGACACUGCCAAGUGAUCUAAGGAAACACCGGAGAAAGAUUGCAGUGGUGGAAGAAGAUGGUCGGGAGGAUAAAGCAACAAUUAAAUGUGAAACUUCCCCUCCCCCGACCCCUAGGACCAUCAGGAUGACUCACACCCUCCCUUCUUCCUACCACAAUGAGGCCAGAAGUAGUUUGGCUGCCUCCCUGGAGCCAGACAGCUUUGGGCUUGGCAGUGCCAACAGCAGCCAAGACUCUCUUCACAAGGCCCCCAAGAAGAAGGGAAUCAAGUCUUCGAUAGGACGUUUGUUUGGUAAAAAAGAAAAAGCUCGGCUUGGGCAGCUCCGAGGCUUCAUGGAGACUGAAGCUGCGGCUCAGGAGUCCCUGGGGUUAGGCAAACUUGGAACUCAAGCCGAGAAGGAUAGAAGACUGAAGAAAAACACAUCUGGGCAUGAACUUCUAGAGGAAGCUCGAAGGAAGGGAUUACCUUUUGCCCAGUGGGAUGGGCCCACAGUGGUUGCAUGGCUAGAGCUCUGGUUGGGAAUGCCUGCCUGGUAUGUGGCAGCCUGCCGAGCCAAUGUGAAGAGCGGUGCCAUCAUGUCUGCUUUGUCAGACACUGAGAUCCAGAGAGAAAUUGGAAUCAGCAACCCCCUGCAUCGCUUAAAGCUCCGGCUAGCAAUCCAGGAGAUGGUUUCCCUAACGAGUCCUUCAGCUCCUCCUACAUCCCGAACUCCCUCAGGCAACGUGUGGGUGACCCAUGAAGAAAUGGAAACUCUUGCAGCUCCAGCGAAAACGAAAGAAUCUGAGGAAGGAAGCUGGGCCCAGUGUCCGGUUUUCCUACAGACCCUGGCUUAUGGAGAUAUGAACCACGAGUGGAUUGGAAAUGAAUGGCUUCCCAGCCUGGGGUUACCUCAAUACAGAAGUUACUUUAUGGAGUGCUUGGUAGAUGCAAGAAUGUUAGAUCAUCUAACAAAAAAGGAUCUCCGUGUCCAUUUAAAAAUGGUGGAUAGUUUCCAUCGAACAAGUUUACAGUAUGGGAUUAUGUGCUUAAAAAGGUUGAAUUACGACAGAAAAGAGCUGGAAAGAAGACGAGAAGCAAGCCAACAUGAAAUAAAAGAUGUGUUGGUGUGGAGUAAUGAUCGAGUUAUCCGCUGGAUCCAAGCAAUUGGCCUUCGAGAAUAUGCAAACAAUAUCCUUGAGAGUGGCGUGCACGGCUCACUGAUAGCCCUGGACGAGAACUUUGACUACAGCAGCUUAGCUUUGUUACUGCAGAUUCCAACCCAGAACACCCAGGCCAGGCAGAUUCUUGAAAGGGAAUACAAUAACCUCCUGGCUCUGGGAACGGAGCGGCGACUGGAUGAAAGCGAUGACAAGAAUUUCAGGCGUGGGUCAACCUGGAGAAGGCAGUUUCCUCCCCGAGAAGUACAUGGAAUCAGCAUGAUGCCUGGGUCCUCAGAAACAUUACCAGCCGGAUUCAGGUUAACCACAACAUCUGGACAAUCAAGGAAAAUGGCGACGGAUGUUGCCUCUUCAAGACUGCAGAGGUUAGACAACUCCACUGUUCGCACAUACUCAUGUUGACAAGCCACUCAAAGGAGGCAGCACUGACUUGCUAUGUCGUCUUUUCGGUCUACCCUACCUAAAGUGCACUACCAUCCAAGAAGACGAGCAGUGAACACCUUUGUGAAAACUGAAUUCUAAGGAAAUAACCACAAGUAAUGGUUUAUUAAACUGAAAAUGUGAUUUUGGGGGGAGUCAGAUAUCAUGUUUGAUUAGUUCACUACAGUUGUAAGAAAAUGCUUAAGUCAUUUGAAUAAUAAACAUCAUCCACAUCAUAACUUCUGUACAACAGAUGCUUUUAUGAAAUGGAGCCACCUGUUUUUUCAUGUUUUAUUGUAAUAUACUAGGCAUUUAUGUAUUACUGUGUAUGUAUUUCUUUUUAAAUGUGUAAGUCUUAUGUAAAUGGAUAUAAAUAUGAUUUUUUUAAAAAUAAAAUAUAUGGUUCAUGGAGUCUCAAGUGCAAACAUUUGACAAUACC